CUUAAAUUUUGAUCAAUGGAGAGUGCAUCUACAAGCCAUAAACGCAAGAAAAACGACGAUCAUACGAAAAAGAACAAGAAGAGACAACAUGUGAAAGCCAACAACAAUGUAGAAAGUUUUGGAAGUAAUAAGGAGAGUUUUGGAGUUUUCGAGUUUCCAUGGAUGAAGGAGAGUAUGAUCUCAACCUCGCUUGAUUGGAGUCUACCAGAAUCUCCUUUUUCGGUUUUAGAUGAUGGCAAUGAAAUGUUUGAAGAGAUUAGUGAUUUGAGAUGGCCAGUGAAACGGGUUAGUAAUUAUAGGUUGGAGUUUGAGGCCUUUGAAUGCUUUUGGUCUUCUAUUUCAGAUUAGAUUGGUAUCAUUGUGCCAUUUACUUAGAAUUGCAUUAAGAGUCUAGGACCAAACGAGGAAACUAUUUUUUUAAUUUUUUGUUUUGUAUUAUGAAUAAUGUGUUGUUGCGAUAUAAAAGAUAUAUAGUAGACGGAAGGAGUAGUAGAUGUGUUUCAUU